AUGGAAGAUGUACGCCCACCAAAACGGCUCUUCUAUGGUGAUGUCGCCACGGGUGCUCAUAGGUAAGGCAGUCCAAGCCGCCGCUACAAGGACACUCUGAAGAACUCGCUGAAACAAAUGAAGAUCAGUUUGGAGACCCGCGAAGACCUCGUCCAGAACAGAUCGAUCUCGAUAGAGGAAGUGAAGACCAGCACAACAAUCUACGAAGCAAAUUCUCGCCAAAUCUAAAAGGAAGGUUGCAAGUCAAAAAACCUCGACCCCUCAAUGCCAAUACUCAGACGUUGCAAGCGUGUCUGCACUGCGGGUGCACAUACGGCACGCGAAUCGGCCUCGUAGGACACUUUCGGACGCAAUGCACUAGCAACGCGUUAAAGUCAAGUUCCUCCACGAACACCCCAAAUCCGGCCCCUGCUGCAAACACCAAAACGACGACGAUCUUCGUCACUGACGACCACACUGCCACCGCCCCGCCCUCAUCAACCAUUGACAUCAUUCGGGCUGCCCCAUCUCCUUUGUCGACCACAACGACCACCUCCGCCGAUACCACGAACCCCCGCACUACCCCCAACGGUGGAACAGCAUCCGACGUCGCGUCAUCUACAUCCGCCGCCAUCAAAACACCCACCUCCAGGAAUGUGGACUCCGUCCCAUCCUGUGCUCAUUAUGAUCGCACUAUCACCUCACACAUCGGCGUGGUCGGUGACUUGCGAAUCUAUCGCACAGAGACUGGGGAACCAGUGCCUGUAGUACCCACACACACACUCGCCGCAUCUGCCUCCACUGUCCUCACUGCCCCGCUCAUUCAUUGA